AUGGCUAUUUAUCAAGGCUUUAUGAGAGAGGAGAAAGUGUUUUGUCAUAGCAGGUCAGCGCAAGUUGUAUCAGAAAGCCACACCAUAAUAGAAGACUGCCAUUGCGUGCUUUAUGAUCAUGUCGACCCUGCAGAAAAAGUUCCAUACUUCCCAGCACCUGCCAUGAGAGACAAGUACCAUGGCAGCUGGCCCGCCAAGACUGUCACUGUUAGGCCUCUUCCUCCUCCUCAACAGGUACAAUAUUAUCCACACCCCAACAUGGAUCAAAAUCAUGUUCCUCCUCAUCAUCAGAUCAGAAAGCCCGUGAAGACGGGGGAAGUUCCAGCUCAGAAGCCUCAUCAGAUAAAGGACGGUGUUCUUACUAGCACUGAGGCAGCAAAGAUCUACAAGGGAGUGUUAGUUACUAAAUAUGGUACCAAGAAAUAUCCUCGACCAAAUUGCCGUUAA